AUGGCCGCUACGUUCGGUUCUGCCUUGGGCCGCAAUGACUCGUCUCCGACGCUCCAACCCUUGACCUACAAUGCUAGACAAGGGCGACCUUCGGCUGCCUCAUCGCGCCGAGAUGCACCCGUCGCGAUCCCCGAUUUCGUGUUUCCUGCUCAACCUGCUCCCACAGAGUCUGCGUCCGAUGUCAAACCAGCCGAGCAACUCUCACCCACCGCUCUCAAUAUCCAAGAGUUCCGCUUUCCCGCUCGCGACAACCAUCCUCACCGGCCUGCUGCGCUUCCCGACUUUAGCUUCAAUCCUGGUGCUGCAAUGCCUCAUAGCCUAGAUUCGCCCGCGUUUCUUAGCCCGCCCACCUCGCCGCUUUCUCCCAAUACUGCGCUUUCUCCCUCCAGACCCGUUCGCCAUGGCCACCGUCGAGGCGGCAGCGAGUUCGUCGGCGGAAGCAUACGCGAUGGUAGUUCCAUCGCUGUUAUGAGCACAAGCCCCACGAAAGAAGGCGGCUUUCCUCAAUUGCUACAGCCACCGCCGCCCCGACGAGGCCAUAGAAGAGGCAUGUCAGGCGCUAUUUCUACAAAUGACUUGCCCAUCUUGCAACCGCCCGCUAUGGAUUGGACUCCCAAGGGCAGCAGUGCUCCCAACAGCCCGACCAAUUUUGACCAGGGUAUUAACGCUACUAUCCCGCUGCCAGACGACCCUCCGAUUUUGACUCAGCUCCCCGAACCUGUUCAGGAACCUCCCACUCCCGCAAGUUCAACCCGAGAACAGGACUCUUUUACGCCACCUAGCCUCAAACCUGUGAGGACUGUCGCCAGAGCUCGUGUCGGCUUCUCAGACACUCUUGAAUUUAUUCCUCGGCCAUUAUCUCUGGUGUCUAGUGAUACAUCCAGCACUGUGACCGCGCGACCAGGACACUGCAUGUCUGAAAGCAUCUCUUCCGUUGUUUCCCCUGCUUCCUUUGGUGAUGACCAUAAUCCCUCCCCUCUCUCACGCAGCCCGUCCAAAGAGACGCAAGAAUCGAGACCUUCGACAGCAGGCGCUAUCCUGGAAUCUUUUGCCUCCCCUCAACUUGAGCAAACAAGCUCGUCGCCCAGACGCCGAAACUCGAUUCCGACUCUCAUAAGCGUUAGCGAGCCUACUACUGUCAGCCCACCGCUGCCCAGCCCAAUCAAAACGUCAAAACGUUGGUCUUUCUUUGGGCUCGACACGUUGAGUCCUUCGACCACGUCCACAAAGUGUCGUCCCAUUAGCUCAAGCUCUUCUGAUUCUGCCUCGCGCGCUCACACUAUCUCAUCCUCGGACCGAGGCUCGGACUCUGAAGCUGCAGAACCGUCAACACUGAAGCGGAAGAAGAACAGAAAGUCUCGGACUGAAACUGUCAAGGGUUGGGCUGGCGCAAUCCUGCCCAUCAAGAGCAAAGGUGAGAAGCGCAGAUCCAAGCACAGUACUGUGCGACCACCAACUCCGCCACCAUCCGUCACACCCAUGGAUGAAGAUGACGAAUACGAGGACGUGUAUGCUGGGCAGGAAUCUACCCCAGCCCCAUCUGUACAUAUUCAGCCUCCGGAGCCGCCGGCCGUGGUGACACAGCAGCCGCAGCGACCAGAUGAGAUCAUGUCACCCAUGAUCGAUCUCGAUGCCGCACUUGGCCCAUUCAAUACACCACUCCCGCACAAUCCAGAGUGGGAGGCGGCACAGCGCGCUGCUGGCGGUGCUAAUAGACGUCGUCUGCACAGUGCUCAGGGUAUGAAGGGCUUUGGCGGUCCCGGUAUGCACUACCAUAGACGAGCUGAAUCGGCACCUGAUCUACCACCCUUUGAUGCAGGUCGAGCCGUCAUCAAUCGGUUCGGUAGCAACUCAACAAUGGCCGAUGUAUUUGAGGAGGAGGAAGAGGAAGAUGAGGGCAGCGAUGGAGGCAAUACGACGUGCGCCCCGGAAACGGAUAUCAAAUGUGAAUCCAGGGCCGAGACUAUAAUUUUCAGUGACAGUGGAUCUGAAACCACCAGCCUCCGGGGUCUUGCUGUGCGACGAAAGAGCUCGGGACUGAGCGAUAAGGAUCACAUCGGCGCUCGCUCUGUGCGCGCUGAAUGCUCGAGGACAUCCCUGCACGAAAGUGUCAUUGUCGAAGAGCCCACUUCAGAUCCUAUACUGCAAAGCCCCUUUGUGUCACCAAGCCACAGAGACUCGUGGGACUCGACCGGCCCUUCACCGAGGAGGAUCCUGCACAUGCAAAACAGUGAGCCCCUGCCUGUUGAUGCAGUUGCCCUGUCACUCCCUCAAGGCACCUCCAUGCCACUAAGCCCUUACUCUAUUAGCACAGCAUCGUCGCACCCUUCACCAAGGUCACCCAUGUCUGAUGCUCAGCGUGUCUCGACAGCUCCUUCUUCGGUGGCUGAGGACAACUCCUUACAUUCGCUGCUCAUGGGCGAACCGGGUCCAGAAGUACGCCGCUCGAUGGACUAUGACAUUCCCUCUCUCACUUCUAGCACAUCGACGAUGACUAGAGAGAGCGGCUUCAAUCCGCAAGCUCGUCCGCAGCCGAGCACUUUGCGGGACCAGCGACCGUCUUCCAUGUCGUCGGCGGCGUUUGGACGUCGACGAUCCAGUCUCAUCAGCCUCAGUCGACUCAUCAGCAGCUCGCACGGUGAGCGCAGCAAGCUCUCUACCGAGCUGACAUUUGAAGAGGCCGAGAGCAGAGCGCGUGGCAGCAAGAAGAAGAAGCCCGGGCGAAAAUGGCAAUUCUGGAAACCAAACAAACCUGGGCCAUCCACGUGA